UUCAAAUACAUAUAAAAAUGUAAGGACUAAGAAAACAAGAAGACUACCCCGUGAAGUGUAAGGAAAGGAAACCAGGUCGUAUCAGGAAUGCAUAAGCAUAGUCUCUUCUCUUUUAUAUUCUCUCUUUCGCAGAAUUCCUGAUGAUGAUUCAAAAAACAUAUAAAAACAAACCGAUGAGAAAAAAUUAGCGGCAAAAUCUCCAAAAUGGCGAAUCAGUCAUCCUCCUCUUCCUAUCCAAUCCUCUGUGCCUCCUUCAAUCAGGAUAACAGUUGCUUUGCAAUUGCGACGAGGGAUGGAUUCAAAAUAUUUGAUGCCAAUACUGGGAGGCUUUGUUAUGAACGAGCUAUUGGAGCAUUUGUCAUUGUGGAAAUGCUUUAUGCCUCAAGUCUUCUUGCCAUUGUUGGAGCUGGUGAACAGGCAUCUCUAUCCCCACGACGUCUAUGUUUAUUCAAUGUUACAACUGGAAAUGCUCUUUGAGACCUAAAUUUCUUAACUUCAAUCCUUGCUGUUCGUGUUAAUAGGAAAAGAUUGGUUGUUAUUUUGCAAGAAAAGACAUACAUAUAUGACAUAAACAGUCUUGAUAUCUUGGACACAAUAGAUACAGUGCCAAAUUUUAAAGAUAGAUGCUCAUUGCUCACCGCUGGCUGCGAUGGUUCUUUCUUCAAAUGGAAUGUACAUAGCAACGGCAUCUGAACAGGGAACCAUAAUCAGAGUUCACCUUGUUUCAGAUGCGACUAAGUCAUAUAGCUUCCGAAGGGGGACAUACCCAUCAACUAUAUUUUCGUUGUCAUUUGGGCCAUCCAUGCAACUUCCAGAUAUUCUUGUAGCCACAAGUUCUUCAGGUUCUGUUCAUGCUUUCCCUCUAGGAUUCGCUUUAAAUCAAAGAAGCAGAAGACCAAGUAGUUUUCUCGGGUCUAUAAUCCCAGAAUCUGUUAAUGAUGCAUCGGCUCAUCAUCAUGUACUCCAUAAUGCUUCUCCAGCACGAGUUAAAAGUUAUGCAGUGAUUCGCAAGGUAGAUAAAGUUGCAGAGUCAUCUAUGUCUGAAUCUGCAGCAUACAGAGCCAUUAUAUCCCUCAUCACCUACCGCGGGUACUUUCUGGAGUACAGUUUAAGUAUCAACCAUCAGAACGAGUCAUCAUGGAUAUUGGAGCGGGAAUUCAAUCUUUUAACCGUGAUCUCUGAACGCGUCAACUCAUGAUCAGAUCAUUGAUUCAUUUGUUUUCUCAUCAAUAGCAGCUCGUCCUUUAAGUAUGCAAGCACAUCGCCUAGCCCUGCAUAGAUAGAGGCCCCACUAAUAUAUAGAUUAAUGUUAGGGUGAUUAUCUUUGAGUAUUGUACUCAGGUACAAAAAUAUUUGUAGUUUUCUAUUUAAAUUCAAAAUGUUAAUGAAAAAGUAGUCUUAAUCUUGAGCAUGUUUUAAAACACGAUACUUUCUAUAAUAUUGAUGGUUUAGGUUU